UGUCACCCUGACAUUUCCCUACCAGCCAUCAAACGUCAAUCCGUAUCAAGUGAUUGUGUGCGAAAAUUUUUGUUAUGAAUUCCCUUGCGCAGAAUGCGAAUAUGCAUUGCUUCCGACUUCUUCUAUCCGAACAUGGGCGGCGUCGAGGAGCACAUCUACAACUUGUCGCAGUGCCUCCUGCUCCGCGGUCACAAGGUGAUUAUCGUAACACACACGUACGGCAAACGGCGCGGCAUCCGGUACAUGACUAAUGGCCUCAAGGUGUACUACCUCCCGAUCAAGGUUUUUUACAACGAAUGCGUACUCCCCACGAUGAUCUGCAAUAUUCCGCUGUUGCGCUACAUCCUGCUGAGGGAGGAGAUCCAGAUUGUUCACGGGCACUCGGCGUUCAGCACGCUGGCGCAUGAAACUAUGCUCAUCGGGAAGUUGCUGGGAUUAAGGACGGUGUUUACAGAUCACAGUUUGUUCGGAUUUGCCGACUUAUCAGCAGUUGUUACUAAUAAGUUUCUGGAAAUCAGUUUGUCAACCUGCAAUCACUGCAUAUGUGUUUCGCACAUAGGCAAAGAAAAUACCGUCCUCCGAGCUCAUGUCCCGAACAAUCAAGUCUCAGUCAUUCCAAAUGCAGUUGACACGGCACAUUUCACACCGAAUCCUUGUAGACGAACAAGCGGAGACACAAUUACAAUAGUUGUAGCUUCACGUUUAGUAUAUCGUAAAGGAGUUGACUUCUUGGCUGGCAUCAUUCCACGCUUCCGGAACAGUAGGAAUGUAAAUUUUAUAAUUGUAGGCGAUGGUCCGAAACGUGGUCUGCUUGAAGAAGUUCGCGAGAGGGCGAAUAUGCAACAUCGAGUUGAAAUGUUGGGUGCUGUCGAACAUUCCAAGGUCCGCGAUAUUCUAGUUCGUGGUCAUAUCUUUGUAAAUACCUCGCUUACUGAAGCCUAUUGUAUGGCUAUUGUUGAGGCUGCCUCAUGUGGUCUUCAGGUUGUGUCUACCAAAGUUGGCGGCAUUCCCGAAGUGCUACCAUCGAAUCUUAUAAUUUUAACCGAACCAGAUGUCGAAUCAAUUUAUGAUGGUAUCAUGUUAGCAAUUAAGCGCCAUAAAAUGCAUAGAACUAAUCGAAUCAAUUUUGUUAAUGGAGUAAAUAGCCAUAAUAAUCAAAACAACUGCCAUAGUAGUAGUACGAAUAACAAUAAUCAAAACAUGGAAGGAGCUUUAGAGAAAUCAGAGCCGUCUUCGGCCGGAUAUCAACGAGCAAGACGAAGAGUGAAUAUCAAACGUUUGAUAAAUUACGCCUUGCACCCGGAGGAUCACAAGGCGCCCCGACGCAAGAGUGAAGAUGACAGCAAGCGUUCUUUCAAUCGACAAAAAAGUAAAGAAGACAACCGCGACCCCUGUGAACAACCCGAAACCUUGACGCUUCCAAAAACCAAAAAUUGCAGUAACAAAACCUCAACAGUCCUCAGCAGUAAUCGAGUGCUUUGUCCAUUUGUUUGCAACGACAUCGUUACGAAACUCUACAACUGGGAGAACGUGACAUGUCGAACCGAGAAAGUAUAUUGCCGCGUGCUUCAAGAAUCCGAUCCAGAAUUAGGUGAAAAAAUUAUAGCUCAUUUGCGUAGUGGCGUUUGGCCGUUUCUGUUAGUUGUGUCAUUGGUUCAUCUAUUGCUGCUUCUUAUGGAGUGGCUACAUCCGCGACAAUUCAUCGAUAAAGCAAGGUCGUUUGUGGGCAAGCAGAGCCGCAAACGUGAAGAUGGCGAUUACAUCUGAAAUGGGCGUAAGCGAAUUUUGUUUAUUAUUUAUAUUUGUUUUUUUAAGUCUGAUUUGGUCGACCGAGGAGGAGUCGCAGCAAUGAAAAUUUCAUUUUAUUUCCCCCUUUGUCUGAGAGUUUCGUCAUCUAUACCUCAAUUACAGAAGUCACACUCCACUAGGCUAAUGCACUGACACUGGCUGAAACAAUGGUCCGAGAUUUUUUUAAUCAACACUGGUCAGUCAGUAUCCCCUCUACAAUUAGGAAAUAUCCAAUGCCUUUUAAAUUUCUUCAAAAGAAACAAUAUGCACGGCGAGGAUAUUAACAAUUUAAACUACUCUAAUCAUAUUAAAUCAUAUCAAAAAAUACGAUCUUAAAUCUUCGGAGGGAAGUAAGGAUAAAACUAUAUUUGUAAACGUGUCUCAUAUAAGUGGGAUGUCUUUCAGUAUUGUCUGUCUUGUAUUCCAAAUGUCCCAUUUCCAUUAAUAUGCUUCUAUGACAAAGCGCAGCACUUCCUUUACGAUCACAAAUAUUCGUCCAAUUCUUAUAUCUUGAUGAAAGUUGGAAUCUUUUUCUGCCGUUUUCGCCUAUGCCCGUUUCUCAAUUCAAACCGGAAGAACAAAUUGCUUAGUCCAAAUCGUUUUUAGUUUGUUUUUUUCUACAAAUUUAUUGACAACAUUCUCUUAAAGCCAAAUUAAUUGCAAUUUUAUGCAAGUGAUUUAUUAUAUUUAUAUAUAAAAGAGGAAAUAGGAUAAUGAUUUAGGUAAAUUUUUUAGGUAAAUUUAAGGAGGACAUGAAAAUAUGAUAUUAUAUGGCUAAAUAGGAUAAAUAAAAUGUUUUUGUUAUAAAUGCAACG